CCGCCUCGCUUCCUCUCAUCGCAUGAGUUGACAUGGAUAGAAAAGAGCAGGCUUUGAACUAUUCCAACAGACUCCAGUUCUACCGAAGGGAGACAAGUGGAGUGGAUUACCCAGUCAGACGAGAUCGCUAAUUAGACUACACACAGACUCGAAUACAUCGCUACAGUCAGUCCUCUCAUGCACCGUCCCGUUUCAUCUGUCGUUAUUAUAUGAUUAUUAUUGCGGCCGCUCGCACCUUGUUAUUCCGGUGGGGAGUAAAUCUAUAUGGCCGCGACGCUGAUCACGAUGAGCGCUGGGACCGGGACCGGGCAGGACGAGAUGUUCUACACCCUGCUCAAGCCCAUGCUUUCGGAAGGCUUCCCGGCCGAGGAGUCGGCUCUGUUCGGUUUCGAUACCAAGAACCUACUGACGGAAAGGAGUGGACAGAGUGUAUACGCGCACCAGACAGGGAAGAGUGAGCUGGAUAAGUACCUCUCCCCCCAGACGCCGCUCCUGAUGCCCCAUCCUGACCCUCCAGAGCAGAACAAGUCUCGGCGGGACAGUGCCUCUGUGAUGGAUCACUUCUUUGGCGACGACCAGGGUGGAUCUCCUUACAGCAUCAACAUGAACGUCUUCCUGCCCGACCUGGCCUACCUGAGGAUGGGCUUGUGUCGGCCGGCACGCCCAGGGCCUGGGGGUAACGGUGGAGGCAUGGGCCAGCAGGUCAAAACAGAACCCCCUGCCUCCUCUCCCUUCGCCCAUCCUCACCCUCACUGCCCCAGCAGUAGCGUCCACAGUAACAGCAUCAGCCUUUCCACGGUAACGUCGGUGUCUUCUUCUUCUUCGUUACCAGAGUUCACUAGCGUGUUCAGCCCGUCGGGUGGUGGUGACCCGACCUCUGACGCCGUGGCAACGGGCGGUUCUGUUUACGUGAAGGAGGAGCUGGGGUCGUUCGAUCUGCCUCACGACGACUCUCUGUUCCAGCUGCUCUCUGCAGAGCUGGACUCCGCCCCUCUCGCGCCCAUGCAUCACCACGGGAACAAUGCUCAUCACCGGGCGGGGCAGCAUCACGGAGGUUCCGGUCCCUCGCCCAUCAUGCACACCUUCCACGACCUACACUUAGCCGCCCAGGCCCAGCAGCAACACCAACAACUACAGACUGCCAAGGCAAGCUACUGUGGUGGGCUGCACAGCGUGGGAGGGGCCUACCCUCACUUCCUCCAGCAGCCCCAGCACCAUCAGGCCAAGGCCGCCUACCUGCCCCCCUCUCCUCCCAGCUCAGAGCCCAGCUCCCCAGAUCGUCAGAAGGACCUCCUUCAGAACCUCUCCCCUCCCCCUUCCUAUGCCGCCACUAUCGCCUCCAAGCUGGGAGUCAGCGUCUCCCCCAGUCUUUCCCCCACCGGUGUGGCUCGGCCCCCAGCCUCAAGUCUAACUCCAGCCCCAGGCUCCGGCCCAGCUCCAAGCCUGAACCAGUCCAUGCAGGUCCGCUACAACCGCAGGACCAACCCAGACCUGGAGAAGAGGAGGAUACACCACUGUGACUUCCCAGGAUGUAAGAAAGUGUACACCAAGUCUUCCCAUCUGAAAGCCCACCUGAGGACCCACACUGGUGAGAAGCCGUACAGGUGUUCGUGGGAUGGAUGUGACUGGCGUUUCGCCCGUUCUGAUGAGUUGACUCGUCACUUCAGGAAACACACAGGGGCCAAACCGUUCCAAUGCUCUGUCUGCUCUCGCUCCUUCUCCCGAUCGGAUCACCUGGCCCUGCAUAUGAAGAGGCACCAGAACUAACACACACACAAAACACUAGCUUGAAUCACAAGGACAUGCACUCAAAUCAGGAAA